AUCAGUCACUAGUCUAUAAAACUUGUAAUUUUGGAAAUCUAGUUUGUUACAAAAUCAGGUUGAAGGUUGAGGUAAUAUUGUAAUACUAGUAACACUAUACAAGAAUAUAUUACGCACACAUCAACACCAAAAUCACAAUUUCAGCUUCUUUUAACAUAGCUGCCGCCAGAAAAAAAAGAAGAAACAAUUUCAACCCUUUAAAACCCUUAAAACGGCUCAAAUUUUUGUGCAAAAAUCAGCAACAGAGAAGAAGAAGAAGACCCUCAAUCUUCAAUUUUCAAUUGAAAUCCUUCUUCAAACCCUAGAUUUUUAGAUAGAAAAACACAAAAAUGGAGGCGGAGGAUAAUAGCAGCAGUAAGAUAGUACCAGAAAAAGUAAUGGAAGGAGUGAGAAAAACAUUGGCAAAAAUUGAUGAACUCAAAUCAAAUAUUGAUGAUUUUCUCUCUCUUGCUUCUGACCCUCAAGUUCUUUCUCUUUUACCCCCUUUAGAACGAGCUCAAUCCCUUCUUUUGCUUGCUAAAAUUACUUCAGUUCUUUUAUCUGUGAAGCUGAGGUGUAGUGGGGUUUACCCAGAUCACCAUCCUAUCAAAGGAGAGCUUGAUAGGUUGUGUCGGUACCAGGAAAAACUUGAGUGUUUUGUGGAGAAGAGUAAAGCACCCUUGCGACCUAGUACUACUGUGAAUACCCAAGCAGCAACUCGCUUUAUCGAACAUUCUUUGCCUGAUCUUACCCCUGAGCAAAGAAAAAGGAUGAGGGCUAUAAGUAAGGGCGAGGAAGGUAGGAUGAAGUACUCGGAGAGGAAUUUCCAGAAGAAGAGGAAAACUCCAAGUGACAUGAAAUCUGUGCGAGAGGCUGCAGAGCAAUUUCUGGAGAAAGCUGCUCGCGAACUUCUUGGUGGAAGCAACGGAGGCGUAAAGGGGCCUCUGGGUCCUGUACAAGCUGUAGAUAUAGAUGAUGAUUAAGUUACUGGUAACGUAGCUCUCUGACCUAAGUGACCUCUGUAGGAACCUCAUGUUUCAAUUUCAGCGGCGCGAGGACCGAGUAGUAUGCUUGUUAGACCAGCACCACAUUUGUGCAUAGAUGUUUUCAAAGGGGCAAAUGGCACUCGUCGCGUCGCCAUAUUUACUAUCAGUCCUCAAACCUGAUAAACAAAACUCUUGUUUAUAUCUGCUGGUAAUGGUAAGUGGGAGGAGAGGCUGAUCUUAGCUAGUAUCUAUGUAGUGGAAGACUGUUAGUCUAUUAGACGAUUGUAGAAGUUAGCUCCUUUUUUUUUUUCUCUCUGAAUUGAAUAUUGAAAUGUGGAAUUUUGAUGCUCCUUCAUGUUGUGAAAGAGCAAAUGGAAAACUAGUGUUUGAUGUAAUGCUUGAAUAAUGAAGUAAAAAUUAGUGUUUUGUUGUA